AUGUGCAUGCAAACCUCCUGCAGCACUUGCGGAAAGCAAACAUGGCGCGGCUGCGGUCAGCACGUUGCCUCCGUGAUGGACAAGAUCCCAAAGGACGAAUGGUGCACAUGCACCCCGAAGACAAAAGUUGGCGCAACCGAGUUCCCGCCAAAGGUGGGCGAGGGUCAAGCCCAAGCGGAGCAGAAAUAG